AUGACCGAUGACUUUGUCAGCGACACUGGGGAAGAGGUGCCCGAAGAACCCUAUGCGCCAGGGCUGAAAAGAAAGGUACGAGUGAUGGAGUAUGAUAUUGACGAUUUCUUCACAUCGUGCGUCAAGCUCUACGCCGAAUUGACAGGUACAGACCCUGAGACGUAUCCGCUAGCCGAGCGCGCGUACAUCAAGUCCAACCGACCGCAGCGCGCCGUCCAGAUGCACGUGGAGGCCAAUCAGUACGAGAAGGCUCACAGGGUUGCGAAGAACCACCUGUCCCCGGCGGAGCGGACGGAACUCUAUUCGAGCCUGGCGCAGAUGCUAGAGCAGCAGAACAAGCUGACCGAGGCCGAGCAGUUGUACAUCAUGGUGAACGAGUUCGACCUUGCGAUCAACAUGUACAAGAAGCGUGAGGAAUACGAGCAGAUGCUCCGACUUGUGUCAAAGUACCGAAAAGAGCUCCUGGACGACACGUACAAGCACAUUGCCGAGUCGUUCGAGAUGAAGGGGAAUUUGAAAAAAGCUGAGCACUACUAUGUGGAGGCGAAGAUGUGGCAGAGCGCGAUGUCGAUGUACCGGCAGCUGGAGAAGUGGGAGGACGCGAAGCGUGUAGCCAAGCUCCACGGCGGCAAGUCCUCUUUCGAGAAGGUGGCGCACCGUCUGCUCCGUGAGCAGACGUCGAUCCCGGCGGCGAGCCCAACCGAGGCUCCAUACCCGGGCGGCACCGAGGCCCCUCGCCCGCUCGACGCUGUGGGGCCGUGCGGCGACGGGCCAGCGGGGGACUCGAAGGCGUCGGCUCCGGCCGGCCCCUCCGUCCUGGCCUCGGCGUGGGGCAAUCAGGCCAGCAGGGCGACCCUGCGGGCCAGCGGGUCGCUGGCCAGCUCCCUGGAGGACGACGACGACGAGGCGCUGGAGAACCAGCCUUGGUGCUGGGCGUGCAAGCAGCACUGCGGCAAGGGCAAGGGCGGCUGGUGCUACUGGCUGUUUGUUCUCUCGUUUCUGUCCACGCUGUUCCUGUUUCCUCUUUUCCUGAAGUGGAUGAUAACCGUGCCCAUGCCGCUGGAGUAUUGGAACCAGCUCUUCCCGGAGUUCCCCGUGCUGUCAGACCAGACGUUCGUUCAGGAACGCAAAGGGGCUGGCUACAGCGUGGACCUUUCCCCCAUCCCAACCACGUGGAGCGGCUGCAAUCACACUUGUGGCGCGGCGGGCGGGUUCCUUCAGACAAGUGAGAUGAAUUUCCAAGUCGACAUGACCCUUGAGGCCCAGGGCUACGACCACACUGUGUACCCAGUGCUUUUCGCGUCUAACGACUUCCAGAAGUGGUGGUUGGCUGCCGACAGACGGCACGCGGAGCCCCAGCCCUACUUCGGGGGCGUCUCCUCGGAGGACGUGGGGCACAGGUAUGUGACGGACGAGUGCACUCACCCACAUCACCUGGAUGACGCGACGACAACCAGCGGGACUGUUUCAGCACCGGCCAUGGACACGUAUGCGACUAGCCCUACCUACGUGCUGGUCUGUGUGGCUUGGGACGUCGAAAAGCUGCGCCUCCACGAGGAUGCGGAGGAUGCCGCGAACUACGACCUCACCAAGGAGGACCUGGCCACGAUGUGCGACGCAGUCGGUGGCGUUGCCGGGUGGCCAUGCGGCAAGAACCCAGGCGCUGCUCCGUUGCCUGGCGUGGGUGCUGACGGGGUGAUCCAGGUGAGUACCGACAGUGCCGACGGUGCUCGGGUGGCAGGCGUCCUUGUGAACAACUCCCGCUUCGAAGGCGCAGCUUUCAUCCAUGCCUGCCUCAGCUCCCCAGACCACCCGGAGUGCGUUGCCUCCACUCUCAGAAUGUCGGAUUGGCCGUGCCAGCAGUGUGUGGACGUCGUCGAGAGGCAGUGCCAGCCAGGCCCAGAGUGCUUGCAGACCGACCGCAAGCCUCUUGUCACGCUCAACAUGUACGACAGCUACCCGCAGCUCGAGAUCCAGCUCGAGGGGAUGCCGACCGAGCAGGUGCGGCGCGGAGCAGUGCCUAGGGCUUUCGUGAUGACGUCCCCUCUACACUACUCGGACAAGGAAGCCUGGGGACCCUGGGGCCUGACGGACGGGGGCACCUGGAGGAAACUCUACGAACCGAGCCAGUACUACAUCGACAACAACAGAGAUUCAGACAUGCAGCGACCCCCCCCCCGCACUUACGUCACCUACCUGGCCGAGCUGGAGGGCGACUCUGGCGAGCCCGAGUAUACCGAGGAUGCUGGAUCCGAGAGCAGGCGUCUGGCGGCGUCCGCGGGCGAGGUGAUGGGCGAGCUCGCGGGGUCGCUGGCCCAGUCCUCCCGCAGGCUCAGCAGAACCGACCCUUCGACCCGCGAUGACGAGGAGGAGGAGGAGGCAAUGAGCGACCAGCCUGAGGACACGACUCCCUACGUCCCCGAGGUCGACAAGGCCCGCAACAAGAUGGAGUUCUACCAGCGCAACCGCGUCUCGCUCCAGCCGAGCUGGUGCUUCGGUGAGCGAGGGCCCCUCUACCUUGUUGCCUGCGCCGCGAACGAGAGUACCUUCGCGGGGGGCUUUUCGCUCGGCGAGGGUCAGGAGAUCGCGCCCCCGCCGUUCAACGAUCGCUGCCUGGCUGUGUCUGGCCGCUGUGCCUACGCGUGCAUGGAGCAGCAGACGCCAGGCAUCAAGUACUGCGAUGCGAGCGGCAGGAUACAGGCGGGGAAGCUCACCGAUAACUUCGAGGCCCCAUCUAAUAGCGGCGUGGCGGUGAACAUCUUCAUAUGGAUGCUCCUCUUCGGCUUCGCCGUCAAGAUGGUAACCUUUUUCCCUGGACUGUUCGUCCCGUACAAGGCCGCGAGGUUCUACGAGCAGCAGCAGACGGAGCAGUUCAAGUACAUCUCAGUGGUCUGCCCGACCAGCAGCGAGACGAAAGCAUGCGUGCUGCGAAAUCUCGUCGGCUCCAUCUCCAGCAGGCCUAGCAGUUGCCGCUGUCCCUUCAACGUGGUGGUCCUGGACGAGGGGCACCGCCAUCCGCAGAAGGUGAUGUUCCGGGCGUUCGCCGAGGUGUUGGACAAGAUCCCGGACGCGAAGUUCGGAAGCGGCAAGGGGUCCCGGUCUUCGAGGGACUUGGCCUCGAAGGAGAGCCACAAAGAGAAGAACGUGAGGGCUUUUGCGAAGGAGUGGGUAGAUCUGACCAGGAAUUGCAAGCUGGACGACUGUAACACCGAGGAGAUCGCCAAGAUAAUCAAAGGGCUGUCGUCGGCAGACGACAGCGAUGGUGAAAUCAAGAAGCUCAACGGAAAGCUUGACAAUCUCUGCGGCAAGAAAGCGCUACAGGUUCUGCAGGAGCGAAGCGGCUGGCCCAAGUGCAAGGACAGCAGCGGGGCCGUUAAUCCUGAGAUCGAGCAGUUGGAGGCUGCGAUCGUUCAGCUGCGCAGAGAGCUAGUUGUGGGAGAGAAGACCUUCGACACCUGCUACGAGAACGCGAAGCCAGUGCACCUGGAUGACUGUGAGGCCCGUGCCUGGGUGCCGAAAGCGACGUCGGAUAACAAGAUGCCCAAUCCUCUGUACAUCUUGCACUACGUCGCGCGCGCGAAGCCGGACGAGGACGAGCGGACACUCAAGACGCAGCACGUCGCCCGCGGCUGCUGGUACUACAAGGUGCCCAUGGACGACGAGAAGAGGGGCCAGAAGAGCUGGCUCGACUGGCGCAGGGGCGCCAGAGAGUACGAGGACGGAGACUUCGACGCCAACAGGUACAUUGUACCCGUCAGCACAAGCCGCGGCAAAGCGGGGGGCCUCAACUUUGUGGAGAACUACCUCUUCCAUUACUACCUGAAAGUCGAGGAGCGGAACCCUGUCCUGGACGAUGCGACGGGCGAGGUCAAGAUGCAGAUCAGACCGUCUUUGCUCAGCAUCGCCGACGCGCGCCACCAGUACCAGCCGAACUUCUUUCACGAGACGCUGCCCUUCUUCUUCCUCAAGGGGCAGGCGCAGGUCAACCCCUGGGUGGCCUUCACCCAGAGCCCCCCCUUCUUCCCUGAGCAGGAAGACGAGCAGGAUUACCUGGACUCGAACAACUCGAACUUCUUCCGCCUGCACUGCAUGUUGCGGAAUUGUUGUGGCGGGGUCAGCUCCAAGGGCACGAACGGCACCUGGCUUAUCAAAGACCGCCGGAUGGGCGUCAAGGGCACCAGCAGCAUUUGGGACAUGACUUCGAAGAAGAAGACGCGCGGGAACUUCCACGAGCUGGUGGAACAUCGGUUCUUCCGCGAGAGCUGCAAGGUUGAGGAUCUAGCCACGAGCUUGGACGUGAUGGUCCAGGGCAAGCACUCGCAGUACAUCAACAGGCGCCUGUCUUACGGGAUGGCGAAGGACCCCAUCCAUUAUCUCGCAGGGGUGCAGCGCCAGACCGAGGGCGGCGUCGUUCUGGCGCUUCAGACGUUCUUCCGCAAGAAGGAGGGGACGCUUCAGGUUUGGAUGGCUUUCUGCGUAUUCGCGCUUUUUGUUGCCUCGCUGGCCAAUCUCAUGUAUGGCCAGGGUACGCGCGGCUUCAUUCGGACGCUUGGAGGCGAGACCGGGCUCGAGGGUGCCCUCGACCUCGCGAGGGGCCAGGCAGACUGGCUGAUCCAGCAAGGCCUGGCUGCGUCCACUGAGCAAGAGGCCUGGAUGGUCGUCCUAUUGGACACGCAGGUUUGGGUCGCGCUGGCGCUGGGCUUCCUGCUGCUGCUGGUGCUGGCUAGCAGCCUCUCCUACGUCUUGCACCACUGCACCUGCGGGGGCAAACGCCGCAGGGUCCGCCGUACGCGCUUCCCCACCAGCAUGGCGCAGUGGGCGCGGUUGCUGAUCCUACUCGACAGCUUGACGUACUAUCUGUGGUUCUGGACGGCCUUCUUCUGGAUCGGUUUCAACUACUACACGGUCUUUCAGCAACGAACGUACCACUUCAAGGCAACGCCCAUGACAUGCUUUUCCUGGGCCCUGCAGUUCCUCAGUUGGGCGAUGGUCAUCUUCGCGACAGCGCGCUACCGGAUGGACCAGAGCAUGCAGGCCAACGAGGUUUUCUUCUUGAGCCUCACCAAUUUGUGGCGCACCACACAGCUGUUCUACAUCACCGCCCCGCUGACGCUGUUCUCCAUCGCCACUGGCUGUGGCGAGUUCUCCCGGCACAGGAUGCUGGGCGUUGACAUUACCUAUUGGGCGGCAGGGGAUCGCGGCUCCAUCUCCACCACCAUUACGAAAUGGUGGACUUUCUUGCUGAUGCUCGGUGCGAUUGUAGUGAACAUCAUGUACUGGUUCGAUCUGCUGACCUUUAUGGACCCCAUCUCCGUGCUUAUCGUGAGCGUUAUUGGGCUCGAUGUGGUACACAUCUGCGCAUUCCUGUGGCUGGGCAACAAGAAAGAACCUCUGCCGAAACCACCAGCUUCCUCGUUGCCCAAUUGGCAGUGGUGCAUUGCACGGUUCUUCCAGCUGCUCUUCAGCGGAAGUUUCUACCGCAACUCGCUGAGAGGCCUGGUGUUCAGCUCGAAUUUCGUGCUGCUGCUGCAGUGGGUGGGCCCCCUGCAGCAUGUGGUCUUCCCUCUCCUUAUCCCCUUCAGGCCCGAGCUGGGCGUCAACCAGGCUCUCCUGCUCUUGAUUGCAGGCAAGUGA